GCCCUAUUGUUAUCCGCCGAGCGGAGCCGGGCGAGUGGGGUCUGUGCCCAGACGGGGCCAUCGCCUUCCAGAGCCACCGCCGCCCUCCCGUGGCCUCCCCUCCUCUCCUCAGGCACGGAGCUGCCAGUUGAACACCGUCCCCUCCCGCUGGGGGAUUUUUGGCUUGGCCCUGCAGCUCUGGCCUGUAAGGAGGGAGGGGAGGAAGAGGAGGGGCCGGCGGCCGGCCGGGCGGGAGGAACCUCUACCUGGUACUGGUCACCCCAACAAUUGCCCUGGAGUUGGAGAUCUUCCAUUGACACUAGUCUUCUUUCUGCUCCUUGGCUCUCCAUGCGAGCCAGAGACAAAUGGAUGCAAUCGCAAGUGCUAGCCUCAAAAGAAAGUUUGAAGAUGUGGAUGUGGGUUCGCCCAUCUCCAACUCAGAUGAUGAGAUCUCCAACAGUGACAGUGCAGACAGUUGCGACAGUGUCAAUCCUCCUAGCUCAACUGGCUUCAUACCAACCUCCAUCUUGAAAAGGCAGAAGCAGUUGCGCAGGAAGAAUGUGCGCUUUGAUCAGGUUACGGUGUACUAUUUUGCACGGCGUCAGGGAUUUACCAGUGUGCCCAGCCAAGGGGGCAGCUCCUUAGGCAUGGCCCAACGCCACAAUUCCGUCCGCAGAUACACUCUCGGUGAGUUUGCCCAGGAACAAGAAGUGAAUCACCGAGAGAUCCUUCGAGAGCACUUGAAAGAGGAGAAGCUGCAUGCCAAGAAAAUGAAGCUGACAAAGAAUGGCACUGUGGAGUCAGAGGAGGCUGACGGCUUGACCCUUGAGGAUGUCUCCGAUGAUGACAUUGAUGUAGAGAAUGUGGAGGUGGAUGACUACUUCUUCUUGCAGCCGCUACCUACCAAGCGGCGCCGUGCCCUACUUCGGGCCUCUGGUGUGCAUCGCAUUGAUGCGGAGGAGAAACAAGAGCUCCGUGCCAUCCGCCUCUCCCGGGAAGAAUGUGGCUGUGACUGUCGGCUGUACUGUGAUCCUGAGGCCUGUGCUUGUAGCCAGGCUGGAAUUAAAUGCCAGGUGGACCGAAUGUCCUUCCCAUGUGGCUGUUCCAGAGAUGGCUGUGGUAACAUGGCAGGGCGCAUUGAAUUCAAUCCCAUCCGGGUGCGGACUCACUACCUACACACCAUUAUGAAACUAGAGCUGGAGAACAAACGGCAGGGAAGCCGGGUCCAAACUCUAGAGGAGGAGAGCCCUCAUAGCUCUAGCAGCGACUGGCUAGGCGCCCAGUCCCCAGACACACAGGAUUUCCAGGAGUUCAUGGCAGAGAAUGAGACGGCAGUCAUGCACCUUCAGACCGCGGAAGAGUUGGAGAGGCUAAAGGCGGAGGAAGACUCUAGUAGUGGCUCCAGUAUGGAGAGCUUGGGUGUGUGCAUUUUGGAGGAGCCCUUGGCGGUACCGGAAGGAAUGUGCCCUAGCCUGGCCACUCCCAUCCUCAUCCAAGCCCAGCUGCCUCCUGGAUCCUCUGUGUUGUGCUUCACGGACAGCUCCGACCAGGCCAGCUCGACUGUGGGUGACCAGCCCUACUUGAACAAUGGGCCCGUUGUGUACUAUCAAGUUGACCAAAGGUCGGUGUUGGGAGUGAAGGGAGAGAGCAGCACUGAAGAGUCAGAGGUGCCCUCUCGAUACACUGAUGAGAAGGACCUGAGUGUCUGUCCUGUCCCUGUGACCUCACUGGUGCCUUGUGGCAGAGCUGCAGCUCCCAGCAGGGCAGAAACAGGAAAGUCUGCUCCUCUGCCUCUGGAGCCUCUUCCGUGUGACAACUGCCCUGCUGCAGUUCCUCCACCAAGCCUGAUGAUCCAUACAAACAACCAUACGAACAACGUGUCACAGGACAAUUGGCAGCCCCAGAGCGUUGGGCAAUCCUCAGAGAGAGCCUAUGAGCUAAGUUCCUCUCCUGAGGAACCCUCUCUGGGACCACCUGCUCUGGCCGUGUGACACUUCCCAACCCAUUGCAGCUCUUAUGUCUUGAUGAUGUCUAUUUAUUGAUGGCAGUUUUGUCUAAAGGCCACAGCCACUUGGAGUUAUUUAAUAUGGGGCAGGUGGAAGAAUAGGGAAAGGGAGAGGACCACUUUGUACAGGACCAGUACAGAACAAACUAAAACAUGCGCUUAUGGCUGUCCCAAGGCAAGGGGGUCCCUCCUGCAGAUCUGGAGGCCCCUGAGUACCGAGGCAGCUGGACAACCGAGUUGCCUGGGAGAGGCACCUGACCUGCAUCUAGUAAGGACCAAAUGUGAGUGUGGCUUGUGGAAGCUAUAGUAUCAAGCUGCCUCCACUGGUACAGGGUUUGAUGAGUGGGGCGGCGAGCAGAAGAGGACUGUUGCUACUAGAUGACAUCAAAGCUCUGUUAUGUGCUGCGGAAUCUUCCUGUGUUUCUCUCUCCAUCCAGUUGCUCAUCCCUGGCAAAGCUGCUGCCAUCUGUACCAUUCUGUCACCUUCAGUGUUGCGUCUUCAGUAACUGUGACCUUGCCCGCUUGAACUACUCUGACCAGUUUAACAUAGCUGAGGCUCUACCAAUUCUCUAUUUAUGUGACCUUGGCUGCCCUUCUUUCGCUGGAAGAUCCAUCCAUAUAUAUAUUUUUUAAAUUCAAUAUAAAUUGACUUUGAUCAUGACUGGUUACAUCUACAGUUUGGCAUGCAGCUGUCGUAUAGAACCAUUCUCAUCUUGGAGCCUCCUGCCCUUAUCAGUAGCUUCAUCCAAACAGGCUGACUCUCCAUCCAUCUUAUGUGUCCUGAAUGGGGAUUGGUGAGAUAAUCAUUUUAAAUGUGUUUGGGUUUUUUUUAAUGUGCUGAAUGUUUACUAGGACAUCUAUGUCCCAUGACCCUUAGCUGGCACACUAUAUUUCUGAACUGGAUUUGUUGCCUGUAUGGUCUUAAUCUCUCUUCUGGGGCCUGGUUCCACAUACACUGACUGAAAUAGGGUGGAGUUGGGUUGAUCUUCCCAGUGGAGGUGCAACUCCUGAUAAAGAACUGAAGUUUCAAAUAGACUGGGAAUUAGGCAACAUACUUAUUCAUCUACACAGUGGUUUUAUGAGUUGUGUUUUCCUUCUCAUCAACUGUUGGAAAAGGUUUCUUUCUAAAUGCACAGAUCAUUUGGAGGUGAUUUUUAGAGCUUUCUGUUCCAGGGACAACCUAGUGCUCUAUAUGAAUUUGAAAGGCAAAAAGAGAAUAUGCAAUGAAGCUUUCGUCUGUCAAGUGAAAGUGCAAAAGAACUGGCAAAUGUGCAAUAGGAUGGUAGUGAAAAACACUCCCAAAUUGUAUGCAUUUGCUGUGACCUCCAUUCCAAAGAGGUGUGCAAUGAUUUACUCCAAUUAGCCCACAAAUACAAAGGAAAAGUAUGGGAUGUCCUCAGAACUGCCAUUUAGCCCCUUUAUCUAAUAGCCCCCCCCCCCCCCCCAAUUAUAACAAAAGCACCUUUCUCUUCCAGUCUCAUGGGCAUCCUCUUUCAUAGUAAAUAUUAGAUUAAUAUUGCCAUCCCCUCAUUACAUAGUUUGGCCUGGCUUCAGUAGGACAAUCACAGAGGUUUCUCUGUGACAGAUCUCAAAGUGGAGCUGAAUAAACAGGCAGAGUAAGACACUGGUCUAUUAUUUAUUUCAAACUUAUCUAGACCUACAAACCCAUUUGGCACUGCUGUACUUAAAAAGCGAGGAUAAAAUCUUACCACUUUUUAUGAGUAUUUUAAAUCAUCACUUACCCUUAGGUGAGGGUUAACACAUGCAUUAUGCUAUUUUAUGUCAUGUGUUUUAUCUUCAGAAGACUGUUUCUUCCUGAAUGGGAAGUUGAUUCUAAACUUGAAUUUUCUAGGUGAAGGUAAGGGAUCUUGUAUACUUGAGCUGUGUCAUUCCUUCUUCGGUCCUACCUUGUAUAGUCUUUGGAAUGGCUGUACACCUCCAUGAACUGUCAUUUGAUGGUUUCUCAGCUUUCACUGUCUUCCCAUUCUAAAAGUAUGAAAUGUCUCUCCUGAGGCUUAGUUACUGGCAAUAAUAGCUUUAAGCGCAUGCUGGUACUUUUGGUUUCUCCGCCACUGGAAGCCUUCUCCCCAUAGAACCUCUCUAAAAUUGAAUUUGCCCUUCUGAGCCCAAAAGGUUCCAGGGGCUGACUCUUGUGAGUGCCUCGCAGCAUUAGAUGCUAAUUGUAGGGACAUAAGAUUGACAAGAAUGACCUUUACAUUCAAAAUCCUUGAGAGAGAAUGUGCACAAAGGUGCACUGGCAACUUUGAUAAAGUGAGCUGGAGAAAUUGCCAUGGAAAUGGUAGAGGAGAAAAGCCUUCAUUGAUGUUUUGCAUCCAUGGAGGGCUCAGUUCUAUGCUGAUAAAUUUCCAAAUAGAUUGUUUUUCAUUAUAAAUAGGUAUCUGUUGCUUGCAUUCUCUUUUGAUAAUUCUUUUAUUCCCAGUGUAUUGUAUACCCUUUUACUUCACUAAUAACUACUUUGCUCUCUUAUUACAACCACCACCACCUCCUCUUCCUGCUGCAGUAAACAGCUUAGAAAAUAGUACUAGUAUGUGAAGGCAACUAUUGGUCUUUGUGCAGUAACUUUAAAACUGGAAGAGGACCUUAGACAUCUGAGAACUGUUUUGAAAUCAUAGUCACAGUCUCAUUUCCUGCCUUGCAGAAAUAAAGGACCCUGGUGCAGUUGCUAUUACUGUCUUCACCCUAGCCUUUGCUACUGACAGUUCUGCUGCUAAGAUUGGGGUUUUUUUAGUCUUCUCUUCUUUUAGGCUAGUCUUGGGCUGGAGAAGGCCAUUGAUAAUAUUUGUUAGAAUACUUCCCAAUUACAAUAUUGUUUACAAAAUACAAAGGUGCUAUCAUAAGGUGGUUUUAUUCCCGAAGGCAGAAGAGAUCCUCUCAAGAGCAUGUAUGUCAGUGUGUUGAGUUCAGAAGCAAUAGAAGUGGAAAUGUGCUGCCUUUUGACUGAAACUGGACCUAAAGGCAAAAGAGCAAAUUGCUUUCUUUGAAGAUAUUAAGGGCACUGUGGGAAUUACUAUGUAUACCCAGUCUCCAUAGCUGCCUGUCUCUCUGUACACACUUGACAACUCAAGGGCCUCUGCUGCUUCCUCUACCAGCAGUUUGCUGUCCCUGGUGGAGCAUUUUGCAGAAUAAAAAUAUACCUGCCUCUUUGCUUAGAAUGCCUCUUCGGUUCUAUCUGACCACAGCAACACUGAACCUGAAGCCAUGGGGCACUGAGGUAUGGAUGUACCCUAAAAGGAAUGGCCAAGUCCUGGUCGCCAGAUACUUAGUUUAUGUUGCUUUUAAUUCUAUACAAUGUGGAUGAGGUUUCAUUUUCCUUUUGGCGGGAGGGCAGAGAGGAAGCGUAUUGAUUAUGAUCAGCUUUAACAUGAAGAAAUUUAAACGAUAGUCUCCUUUUUCAGAUCUGACUGCUUAACAACCUCCUUCUGUUGAGUGCUUUAGCUGCUGCUCUUCCCUUUGGCCAUGUCCUAAUGCUGAGGGGGGUCUGCUGGAAUACAUUUGCUGCAGAUGGAGGCAUCUUCAUACUUAAAUGCGAGAAUUCCUGUGUGAAACUGUGGAAGGAAUUCUCAUAGCUUACAUUCCAGGAGGCGCAGGAUGACAAGAAUGGGAUGAUGAAGACCCACGGGUAACAUUUACAUUCUCACCCAGUGGACAACAGGCAGGACUCCAGCGGCAUCUGAACUGCUACGCUGGCCCUAUGCCAUGAUAAUCUCCAUGAGCCAACUAUGCCUCACCACUGCUCUUUUGUGCCUAUGAUUUUGGGAAAUAAAGCAGUGCUUUGCCUUUGAUGAAAACACUAAGUCAAUAUGUGUUUGCAGGUAUGAUGGGCUAUUUUUUCAAAAAUUAUCUCAAGCAGUAUAAAAGACAAGCUUGGGAGUGUGAGUGAAAUUACAGAAUUUGAACUCUACAUCCUGUUUUAGGAAGCAAAGACCUUGACCUUCCAGCCUUUUGUUUAAAGAAUGUCCUUUAAUGAGGUAUGUAUUCCUCCUCUAACCGGGCCUUUCAAGCAAGCUAUUCCAGAUAUAUUAGCAUAAUAAAACACAUAUGUUUUCUUCACCUCUCUUCCCUCCAUCUUGGUGCUACUGAACUGUUUACAUGGAAGCAGUCCUUUUACUGCCUGUUUGGAAGGGACACCUUAAAUAAGUCCUGGUCUGAUACACUUGGUACAAGCCCUGCCCGCUACAUCAGUAACUUGUGACUCCGAUAACUUUAUAACAUACUCUGCUCUCCUGCAUUACAUGAUACACAGGUGGCAUUUUCAAUGUGAAUCCAAAGCUUGUCAGGUCCUCUACAUUUUGUUUUGCCUUUUAUGUUUUUUUCAUUGUGAUAAUGCUGUAUUUAAAGAGGAUAUUUAAGUGUAAAAAUAAAUGCCUGAACUUGCA